GUGUGUCUUAUGCAAACCACUUCUUUCAGCACUGUGCAGUACAACCUCCCUUGUCACACCUUUAAGCUCCAUACAAGAGGUUUACUCAUCUGCAAAAUGAACAUGGCAAAGCUUAUCUUCCAACUCAUACCAAGGACUGUGCUGUGUUUACAUUUGCACAUGCUAGAAGAAAAUUGCCUUGAAGGUACAAUAUAAUGAAAGCUUUCCUCUGAGGCAUGAUGGAUGCAGGAACAAAAAAGGAUUGACAAGCAUGAAGACUCAGGCUCACUUUUCCUGCUGUCAGACAUAUCUUCUCCACCGAAAGAAGGCUGUGAAGGCUGCUCUCUUCUGCUGCCAGAGGUUGAUUCCACUUUAGGAUAAUGGCAGGAAAAGUGAAGUGGGUAACUGACAUAGAAAAAUCUGUUCUAAUAAACAACUUUGAAAAAAGAGGAUGGAUUCAGGUGGCAGAAAAUGAAGACUGGAAUUUUUAUUGGAUGAGCGUCCAAACAAUCAGAAAUGUGUUCAGUGUGGAAACCGGUUACCGCCUCUCUGAUGACCAAAUUGUCAAUCAUUUCCCAAACCACUAUGAACUGACCAGAAAAGAUUUGAUGGUAAAGAAUAUCAAGAGAUACAGAAAAGAACUUGAGAAAGAAGGAAGUCCUCUUGCAGAAAAGGAUGAAAAUGGGAAAUAUAUUUAUUUGGAUUUUGUUCCUGUGACUUUUAUGCUUCCUGCCGAUUAUAAUCUCUUUGUUGAAGAGUUCAGAAAGAAUCCCUCCAGCACAUGGAUUAUGAAACCUUGUGGCAAAGCUCAAGGAAAAGGAAUAUUUCUAAUCAAUAAACUCUCCCAAAUAAAAAAAUGGUCUCGAGACAGCAAAACAUCUUCGUUUGUGUCUCAGUCUUCCAAAGAAGCCUAUGUGAUUUCUCUCUACAUCAACAAUCCCUUACUAAUUGGUGGAAAGAAAUUCGAUCUUCGUCUCUAUGUUUUGGUGUCUACCUACCGUCCACUGAGAUGUUACAUGUACAAGCUUGGAUUUUGCCGGUUUUGCACAGUGAAAUACACACCAAGUACAAGUGAACUGGAUAACAUGUUUGUACAUCUAACAAAUGUUGCCAUUCAGAAACAUGGGGAUGAUUAUAACCAUAUCCAUGGAGGCAAGUGGACAGUGAGUAACUUACGCCUGUAUCUGGAGAGCACCCGUGGAAAGGAAGUCACCAACAAAUUAUUUGAUGAAAUCCACUGGAUAAUUGUGCAGUCCCUGAAGGCUGUGGCGCCUGUAAUGAAUAAUGAUAAACACUGCUUUGAGUGUUAUGGAUAUGACAUUAUCAUUGAUGACAAGCUUAAACCCUGGCUAAUUGAGGUUAAUGCUUCCCCUUCUCUUACUUCCAGCACCGCUAAUGAUCGCAUCUUGAAAUAUAAUCUUAUUAAUGACACACUUAACAUUGCUGUGCCUAACGGGGAAAUUCCUGACUGCAAAUGGAAUAAAUCUCCACCAAAAGAGGUUCUGGGCAAUUAUGAAGUCUUGUACGAUGAGGAGAUGGCGCAGAGCGAUGGCACCGACCGCGACCUGCGGGGCCGUCCUGGGCAGCCCACGGGGGUCAAAGGAAGCCGUGCAAGGGAUUCAGGAAAGCCUGUCCUCACCACCUGGAAGUGAGGACAGAAAAAACAGCUGCACUCUUGGUAGGAAGACAUCAAGAAUAACUUGAAGUUUUGGAACAGAUUCCUAUGUUUUGCUACAUUGCAUGUAGGAAAUACUUACAGAGACAAAACAGCCUUUAAAAAGUGAAACAAACACUCAAAACCCAGGAACUGUACUAGACAUAUACUGACCUGGUAAUUAUUACAACAAUACAUAUAGAGUGUGUAUGUAUAUGCAAUUAUGUUUAUAUAAUUUGUAUAAGCUAAUUCUCAAUAAUAUCAGGAACUUUAUUUAUAAAGAUGGCAACUCUAAGUUGUAUUCUGAAAGAAACUCCUUGCUGUUCUGAAUAGUAUUUAUUUCCUCUAGUAGCCUAUCCCUUCCUGCCUAUAAUAAAUGAACUGUGGAUUCUAUAAAAGGGUGAUAGUGGUAAGUAUUAAUAUUUUCACAGUGAUAGUUCAGAUUCUUUUGGUAAAAGAAGGGCAUCUAGAAAAAAUUAGCAGUACAUGUAAUUGAGGCUGUUGUCAGUUAAUGCAGCUUUUGAUUUAUAACCAGUAUUAACAAGUUGAAAAGCAAGUCUUUAUAUGCUGAGGGUUGGGGGUUUUUAUUUCCUUUAAGUAUUCUGAGCUGGUAAUUCUUUAAAGAAGUUUUAUGGGAAGUCUUUAGGAAGUUUAAUGGACUGAGGGAGUGUUUCAAUUGUAUAUUGAUGGACUGUUUCACUAGCCAUUAAUUUUUAUUUUGAGAUAGUGCAUGUCUGUGAAAAACAGACAGAACAACCAGAUACUAUGAUAAAUCUCAUUGCUUGAAGCUGAUGAUAAAUUUUUAUUUGCACAAGAAUCUCUCCAUGUAUCUAUGCAUGUAUAUAAGUCAAAUAUCUGUAUAUUUUUGUAUAUUUUAUUUAACAAAAAUAUUGUUGGACAUGGCAAGCUAUUUCUGGUAGCUAUGAUAAGAGCAGUUGUGAUGAUACCAAAACUAAGAUGCAAAACUUAGCUACCAAAACUAAGGAGCAAAAGAUAAAAAUGGGUAUUUCAGUCUUUGAACAGCAAAGCUUAUAAAUAAACUAGUGGGGUCUGGGACUGGCUGUUGCUUCCACCUUGACUUUCCACCACAUAUUGGGUGGUUAUUCGUAAGUGGUAACAUGCAUUGGUUGUUUUUAUUAUCCUUCCCCCUCCUUUCCUCCUUCCUUCUGUUUUUUUUUUUUUAAUGUUUACCUUAACUCUCCCAAAAGUCUUUAGUUUCUUGAACACCUAAACCAGAUCACCUGCAACUGCACCACUUCACCUGCUUUGGAAGGUCCCCCUAGAAGAGGGCAGCAAACCAUGGUCUCUGGGACAGUUGAAUACAGUCUGGCAAGAGCAGCAUGUGUUGGGGAGAGGGGGCAGAUGAGGGCUGGGCUGACCAAUACCCUUACACAGAAUCUGGUGUAAAGAAUGAAAUGUGAAGGCUGAGUCAUUCCAAGCAUAAUUCCCCUAAAAUGACUGAUUCUCUCUCCAUCAGACUUGAAUCUUCUCACUGGCUUCUACAAAAGCAUACUCUAGUUGACUCUUGGAAUAAAUAAGGCAAAAGCAAGAGGAUCACUGCAGGAUGGUAAAGCUCACCUAAAUUCCAGGUCUCAUGUUGGGGUUUUCUGUUUGGGUUUUUUCAUGUGGGGUAAAUUAGUGGUAGUGGUGGUGGAGGGUUGAUUUGGUUUUCCUCACUUUCUAACUGUAAGUCUUGCUUGCAUAUUUGAGCCUUGAAAGGCAAGCUGCUCUUAAGUAGAGGUGUAGUCAGAUGUGUUAAUCAUGAGUAGUGUUGUUUUAAUUACAUUAUAUUUAGUGGGCAGAUGUUUCCAGUUUUCCCCCCAACUGCCUGUUAGGGAUAAAGUGGGAAGCAGUCACAGCCCUGGGGACUGUGGGCCUGUAGUAAAUAGUAUUUUGUAGUAUGAUUAUAUUUGUGACAGACAGGUAACAUAACAAGGGUACUGUGAUAGAAGGAAAAUUAAGCUUUCUGUCACUGCUUGUGAUUAAUUUCUGUAGUGGCUGGGACAGAGGAUGUGUUGUUGUGGCAUUCUUGUAGUGCAACAGUAGUGCUUCUUUCUGGGAAGGCUUAACAUGACAACAAAACCAGGUCUGGGUUUUUAGGAUUUAUUGCUGUGGUAGGCUAUGAAGACUGAAUGCAGGGGAUACUUGCAGGUGUAAUUUCACAAUGACUCAAUACUGAGAGUAGUAUCUAAAUAAUCUUGGUUUUCCAAAGUAGUUUGUUGGUGAUAUUCUGUGUUGGCAGUGGUGUUAUUACAGGUAGGCUAUGAGUUGAAUCAGAGCCUCCAGAGCAUAGGCAUUAACAACACAAAAUAGUAAUGGCACUAUCUGUAAUAGUACUAAUGCUGAAUAUUCUUAUUUAAUUGUUUUGGGGUUUUCUGCUGGCUUGGAAAGGGUCAGCUCAUUUAAGAUUUCAUCCUCAGAAUUCAGUAUUUCAAAAGUCUGGACUGGAAAUCUUGCUGUUGCUUUCAAAGAUUUCUGUCCCAGUGUAUAGCAGAUACAUUAAGUAAAAUAAAGUAUUUAUAAAGAAUUAUUUUGUAUGUAAGAUAUUCUUGUAGCAGACCUAUCAGUUCUAAACCUGCAAAUCCUUCUCUCUGGCCCAGUGUAGUAUUGGGAAAGCAUAUUUCAAACCCUUGAGGAUGAAACAUCUUUGUAAACUAUCUAGUGAAUUAUCAGUACUUCCUCAAAAUAAAAACAUUGAAAUAUUACUUACUAGGGGGAAAAAAGGAAAAAAAAACCUAAUGGGAAUCUUACACAGCAAAUAAUCUCAGAACUAGAAUUAAGAUUGAUACCACAUUUUAGUUGUAUCUCCAACCAAUGCAUUACUAGUAAUUUAUCUUGCUGACCCAGACAUGAAUUUAGUCAUGCAAUGUUCUCUUAAAAGAGCAAGAAUUCAAAGGCACUGCAAGUGCAGUGACCCUCUCUUCCUGAUCUCAUUCCAUUUUCUUUUUGAAAACAAUAGUCUAGUGAUUAUAUACAUCAGACUGCUUUCUCCUCAUUUCCUUUUCUUGACAGGCUUUUUGCAGAGGUUGAAGUUUGAAGGUCUAAUUAUAUUUUCACUUCUAACAUAUGAAAAACCUAUGUAUGUAAAGGGAGUUUUAAGGAACAAAAACUGAAAUAACAUGGAAUUCUAAUAUACUAAGAUUGCUUUUCUGAUUAUCAGUACUAAGCUGUCCUGGUUUCAACUGGGACAGAGUUAAUUUCUUCUCUGUACCUGUUGCAGUGCUGUGUUUUGGAUUUGGAAUAAGAAUGAUGUUGAUAACUCACUGAUGUUUUGGUUUUUUACUAAGUUGUGUUUAUCCUAAGUCCAAGUCUAUUAUUUUGUCUUGCCUCAUGUUCUGCCAGUGAGGAAGUGCUCAAAAGGAAGAGAGAGGGAGGACAGUUGGGACAGGUGACCUGAACUGGCCAUGAUAUUGCACACCAUGUGAUGUAAUGGCCAGUCUUUCAACUGGGAGAGUUACACAACAGGGAUCAUUUGGGUUUGGAAAGGGGGAUCUACAGGUGGUGAGCAGUUGUAUUGUGCAUCACUUGUGAUUUUUUUCCUAUUAUCAUUAUCAUUAUUAUUAUUAUUAUUAUUAUUGUUGUUGUUGUUGUUGUUGUUGUUGUUGUUGUUGUUGUUGUUGUUGUUGUUGUUGUUAUUAUUAUUAUUACUACUACUACUACUACUACUACUGCUGCUGCUGCUACCCAUUAUUAUUGCAUUUUAUUUUACUUCCAAUUAUUAAACUAUUCUUAUCUCAACAUACAAGCUCUACUUCAGUUCUCCUCCACACUCCACCAGUGUGGGAAGGGGAAGAGAGGGAGCUAAGCGAGCAGCUGGGUGAUGUUUCAUCUCCAGCUGGGCUUAAAACCACAACACAAACCCCAGGAAAAGAAUCUAAGUGAGCAGCAAUUCUUCCUUUUCUAUGCAGAACUUGAGGCCUUGUGCACGUAGUGAAAUGUUCUCGAGAAACUCAAAAUUAGGAAGCUCUGUUGCUACGUAAUGUCUGUGUUUAAGACUCUUGAAAAGUUCUCUGAAGGAAUUUAAGGAAAGAGUCUGUGUUAGCUAGAAUGAAUGUGCUUAAAGCAGCUUUUCUGCAGAUUUGGAGGGUGCCAAGGAAACAAAAGCAAUUAUAGCUAAGUUCUAAGGGAGAAGAAAGAGGGUGAUAUGUGGAUAUUAUGCUGUGAGAUGCUGGAUGCUGGUUUGUGCCAGGUCUUGAAAGGUAAAGGUAAAGAUCAAGUUAGGAGGAAGAGAAACUGAAAAGCAAAACUUUAUUUGCUUACUCUGAGAUAAAAUCUUCACCUUUUCACUUCUGUAUCUUUGACUAAAUCUCUUGCUGUACUAGGACAGAACUAAUGGUAUCAAGUGGUGCCCAGGCUGGUGAGAGCUUGGGGCAUGCUCUGCUGAGAGCUGGAACUGAGGUAGAGGGAAAUGUGUUCCCCACUUGAGGCAGGUAUCUGCUGCAGGAGUUAAGGGGAAUUUACUACAGGAGUGAUGCUGACACACAGAGAUCAUAAACCUCAUGUGGAUGCUCUCAUUCAGAGGUAAGGUCGCUCUUUUUGCUGGAGUCUGAUUCUCCAAAAGGUUAAAGCCUGUUUCAGCUCUGACUGAGAGGGCUUAAAUCCCUGUGACUGUGAGCAGACAAGCUCUUAGUUCUGAGUAACUAACUGUGGCUUUGGGCCAGUCAUCCUCCAAAUGUAUCUCACAAAGAAACUGUUUGGCUUUCAGGGGAGCAAAAUAAAUCAGAAAUAACAGUUCUCAAAAGUUCUGACUUUGGCUAGUAUAAUAACUUACCAGGCAGAGCUGAUAUAAAUAUGUGUCUCAGGCCUAAAAUACUGUUCUUCAUAUGCUCCAGUGCUCCCUGGCAUAAGGACAGUAUUGUAUGAAGAAUUAAAUGGGCAGGCUCUAAACAGCUACAGGAAUUGUUAUAAUGGCAUCAGUGUAGAAGAGGUUUAUUGUUGGAGUUGAAUAGUGGAGCUUGCUUCCUGGGCACUAACCUUUCUCCCUAUUAAUUCUUUGACAUGGAAGGAAUUAAUAAGAUUCCCAGAGAAUAGCUUCUGUACAUGGCUUGAGGAACUUAAUUAGUAUAAAAGAAACAGUAUUAUUCCUAAAGCUACUUCAUUGCUGUUGGCUUUACAAUAGGACUUUUGCCUAAAAUGUCCCUGUCUCCUGAUCCACUUCCUGCUAUAAACUCUGCAAAACAAUAGACAUUUCACAGAAGAUAUAUAGCCCUGCAUUUCAUCAGCAGAACAUGUCAGGCAGAGCUCAUUUGUCUGUGGUAAAGGAAGGGCUUUACUCUGUCACUAUAAACUGGUGCUGUUGCUCAAGCAGUUGCUGUUCAGUUGACUUGGAUAGAAAUUACAGAAGGGAGCUGACAUUCUGUGCCUGCUUUAUGACAAGAGUUCACUCCAGCCUUUGGGUCAGUGGGAAGGACUCUGUGCCCUGUGGUGCAGAGGUAUCCAUUUAUGCUGACCUGUAGAGCUUCUUAAAAAAAAAAAAAACAAAAAAAAAGACAAA